AAGGAGAUGUGGAAACCCACGUCACCCUGUCAUGAUGAGUCUCUGCCGCUGGUGACAGGGGAGGAUGUUUUGGCACAUGGGUCCCAUCUGACCUGGAGUCUGUACCGACACACACUGACAGAGAUUACAUCGCUGGACACGAGCGGCAGCAGCGGCUCUACGUGAUGGAGGAGUAACCCGCUUCUUCACGAAUGAAGAGGUGAUGGGUUGGACGAAGCUGAAUUGUGCCGGAACUCUACCGAUACAGACCUUGAGGAUAUUAAACAACACGACUGACCAUGAGUCAGAAACACUGUUGGGGACAGGAGGACCUCAACAGCGUGUGCUCGGGCCUGAGUGCUGACAUGGAACAAAACCUGACGGAGCUUCAACAACAGCAAAUGGACAAGGAAUUAAAAUCCAAUAUCUCAGGCCCCCAGUCUCCUUUCUACUCUGAUACUUAUUGCCUAAUGUCAAAUAACUUACUGCGGACCCAUGACGGAGACCAGGUCGUCCCUUCUUCCCAGAGAAGACCAGUGUCCGGGGGCUUCCAGAGAGGUCCCAAGCCCCUGCCACCUCUCCCUGACCCCGAGGAACUCAUGUCGGACGAAGCAGCUGAUAACGAGGUGGAGUUUUUUACCAGUGACCGAUGCCGCCUUUUGCCCAAAAGCUGCCCCAAGGCCAUAACCAGGGGCAGCUACAGAGAGAGUGGACAAGUGAAUCAUGCCUACCAGGAGAGGCUGGUGGAGCCAGUCCCAGCAGGUGGAGCUGGAAUCGGCUCCAUGGCUUUCUCCUGGCCUGGCAGAGAGGACAGACCAACAGGUAGAGGAGGGUUCGGAGCAAACAACUGGGCACCUGCUCCCAGCAGAGAGGAGCACCAUAAUGUGGCAUCAGCAGCUGGGGAUUCUUUGUGUAGCAAACAGUCGGAUCCCCACCAGUCAGCCAGAUUUCGCUUUUCCUUCUCAGGCCAAGCAUUCCAGCCACACAGCAGCAUCGCAACCUGCCCCACCGAAAAACCACUGAUCCCUCCUCGCAUCCCCAUCCCGCGAAAACCUCCCGCCCUCGUAAAGACUGUGAGGGCCAACGAGGAGGACAGGCCUCCCAGGAUUCCUCCGAGGGUCCCUUUAGUGCCGCCCUGCCCGCCACGCACCCCUAGCCCCAAACGCCUUCCGAUCUAUAUCAACGGUGUGAUGCCCGCCACCCAGAGUUUUGCUGCUAACCCUAAAUAUGUGAGCAAGGCCGUACAGAGACACCACAGUGAGAGGUCGCCCCCCGCAGCUCAGUCUACUCCCUGCAUCGUUCCCAUCUUGAAGGACGGGAGACAGGCCAGCGCCACCCACUACAUCCUCCUGCCACCGGGCCGACCGCCGCGCACAGACCGACGGGAGAGAGUCCUCGGGGAAACGUCGCGGAUGUGGCAGAACAGAUAAAAGCCCUCACACUGUGAGAGUGUUAACUGAACAUUUUACCAGCCAGUAUUUUAGCAGCAUGUUUUCCUCUGGUUCAACUCGGAAACACAUCAUAACAUUCCAGUGAUUUCACUAACAGGGGAGAAGUAUUCACCUCAUAUUCCCUUUUUUACUUUUGUUUGCUGGGAAACUGCGUUUAUCUCACAGGGAAGAAAAGCCUCUGUCAGUCACUCGCUCACAUCACGAAAAGAAAGAGUUCACGACAUUUCUUAUAUGUGAGUAAAUAAUUACUGUAUGUAUGAGCUGGGCUUGUACGUGAAUUUUUAUUUGACAAUGCUGCUUUAUAUCUUAAGUAUAAUAUUGUUGAUGGAUUUAAUGUUUUGCUGAAUCAUUCUCACACCAAGAUAAUUAUGAUUCAUAGUUAAUUAGACAGUGAACUCAUGUUAUUUUGAAAACUUCAUAAUAUAAAAACUUUAUUUUAUAAGGUUCAAUGGAUUCUAGUCAAUUUCAAUGCUAAUUAUUUUUGCCACUUUAGUGUGAGUGUGCAGUUCUCAAUCCAAAAGCUGGUUUCACUUCAAACAACAAACCACAUCCCGCUGCUAUACACUCACAUUUAUAAUCUCAUUGAUUGAUUUCAUAUUUCAUAUUUCAUUAUUAUAUGAUCAGUGUUUAAUUUAUUUAAAAGUAUGUUCAGUGAUCCAACUAAUUUAAACUUGCCAUCACACUUGAUAAUGAUUGACAGGCCCUUUGAUACACAUAUAUAGAACAGCAGCAAGUCAUUCAUGUUUUUAAGAUUUUACAUCAGCUGUGUUUAUAAACCUAUUUGUAUGUAAGAGGCCUUUUAAAGAAAAUAUUAUGAUCAGUUGACAAACACUAAAUAUUGAUAAUUUUAAAGCAAAAUAUUUAACAAUGUGUAUGAAUUUAACUCAAAUGCUGCAUUCAUGGUCACAAGCGUAAAGAUCUGGAUGAAUGUCUGUGCGGAGAAUAGAAAUCCUGUUACAUUAGUGCAGACCCACAUUUACAGCCUCUGUUACACCAGUGAGUUGAAAAGUUCUCAUGAAGGUUCUGUGGCUGUUGUUAGUUCAUCAUGUUGCCGUGUCGAAAGUGAAUCAUUGUAAAAUUAUGUUUUUAAUAUAUUUAUAGAAAUAAAAUAACUUAUUCAUUCUA